AUGACCCCUCCACUCCCUUUGUUUGUUGGGAAGAUUUACUAUCAACUUUCACCCCACUUCAAUCGUUCCUAACAGAACCACAUCCUUUUCCUAUUCUCGAACGAUUCAAUCAUACAUCCAUCUACCAGCACCAUGGAUUUCGUCAACAAGCUCACCGGCAACAACCAGGGGAGCAACCAGGGCCAGCAGCAGCAAGCCCAGGGCUCUCAACAAGGCGAACAGCACCAGAGCGGUGGCUUCCUCGGCGGGUUGGGCGACAAGUUCAACGCUGCUGCCGGCGGGGGCAAGGAGAGUGAGAAGAACGAAGAUAUGCUCGACAAGGGUGUCGACUUCGUCCAGGAGAAAUUCCUAGGACAGGGUCCUCAGGAUAACGAGUCCGCCAUCGAGCAGGCCAAAGACGAGAAGAUCUCGGACUUCAUCCGGGACAGGUACAAGGGUGCGACUGGAAAGGAGUUCCCGGUGGCCGAUAAAUAGGGCGACCCAGUUCUCAUGAACGGGCGCAUCAUGUCCACGAUCCUCGUCAUGGAGAGGACUGAAUUUUCCGCGCUCCGAAGAGGGGGCGAUUGA